UAUCUCUCAAGACAUGUACGACGGGAGCGGCUCGCCCUGCAAGCCAUGAUCAAUCCUCCAUGAUUUCCCCUUUUGGGUGCCUUUAAUGAGACAUUGACGUACCGAAUGAAUGCGGUACAUUACUUAUCCUGGCCCAGAUAGUAUUUAAACAACAACAAAAAAAAAAAGACAGGUAGAUAGAAAUGAACAAGCCGGCUCGAAGGCGCUCCUCGUACAAACCCAACGAAGACCUACAAGCACAACAAACUCAACCACAACAUUCACAGGCUGAUGCCAACGUGCCGUCCUCGGCGACCAACAGCGACAUCAAAAACAAGGACAACGGCAACGCGAUGGACGGCGCGCACCGCAAGAUCGAGCUGCAGUCCCCCGAGGACCUGACCUUCCUCAUCAACAACGUGCGCCGCGCCGCCGGGGAGCACAUCAACGCCGCCUUCCCGCCCGUCGACGACGCCCACGAUGACGGCGCCGACGAGCUGCGCGUCAGGAUCGACAAGCUCGUCGCCGAUUACAUCUCCCAAACAUUCACCCUCGCAGCCCCAAACCUCUCCAUAAACGGCUUUGACCUCGACGCCAGGACCUUCCCGGCCGUAUACCUCGACUCCCCCUCGCCGUCGUCAACACACAACCUGCGGAAGCGGCGCGGCGGGGCCGACAACAACUCGCAACCAGAGGAGAUAGUGCAGUACGAGGCGUUCGACGCGCGGAAGCGCGCCCGGGUGGAGGAGCUCGCGCGCGAGGAGGAGGACCUGAUGCGCGAGAUCGCGGCGCUGAAGCGGCGCGUGCCGGCGGCCACGGCAAAGGGCUUCGCGGAGGGGUUCUGGGAGGGCGUGAGGGCGGACGAGGAGGCGCUGGGGAGGGCGAGGGACGGUGCUGUUGCGGCGGCCGUGGGCGGCGGCGGCGGCGGGCGCGAUGACGAGGGGCAAGAGGAGAAAGGGGGGGAGGAGGAGGGACAAGGAGGCGAAGAAGAAGAAGAGGGGGCCGAUGCUCGGAAGAGCAACAACAAGCCCAAGGCCCUCCUGGAUGGCAUCGGGCCGCUGGAACGACAGCCCCGCGUGGAGGCGGACCAUGCGGCCGUGGUGGACACGCUGGGCCGCCUGAGGAGGGAGAUGCCUGCGACGGUGGCCAAGAUGGAGCGGGCGAGGGUUGCUGGCGAGUAUGUUGUCACCGAGAGGUGA